AUGACCGACCAACAGACUGCACAAAAAAUUAUUGAUACCAUCCCUCUUCGCUACAGAGGACCUGGUGGUGCGAUUGCUGUCGUCAAAGAUGGCGAAGUGAUCGCUCAGCGUGUGUGGGGGUAUGCCGACCUUGAUAAGCGUAUCCCCUUAACAGCUGAAAUGCAAAUGCCUAUCUGUUCCAUCUCGAAGCAGUUUUUCUGUGCUUUAUUGCUCGACCUCAAGCGCAACCCUACCCCAGCCAUGCUUGCCAAGGGAGAUAUUGAAGCUCAGUUCACAGAGAAGCUCCGAGAAGUACUUCAUCCGGAUCUGACUAAAGAUAGCGGACUCACCUUGGAGAACCUGGUCGAUAUGCAGUCUGGUCUGCGUGAUUACUGGGCCAUGACUGCUCUUUGGGGAACCAAGCCAGAUGACGAGUUUCUUGUCGAGCGAGACUGCCCGCCAAUGCUGGAUCGCACAAAGUCGUUCCAUUUUAAGCCCGGCACUGAGUAUUCGUACUGCAACGUCAACUUCCAUGUUGUUGGCCGGGUUAUUGAGCGUGUUACUGGGGAGCCUUUGGAUAAGCUACUCAAAGAGCGAGUUCUGGGACCUGCUGGAAUGAAGACCGCAUACCUUGGCCCGGACAAUUCCAAGCUCCCCGCUCCAUGUGUCGGCUACGAGGGAACAGAAGCUACUGGAUUUAUCCCAGCUGUGAAUUUUAUGGAGUGGUCCGGGGAUGCUGGAAUCGUCGCCUCGCUCACCGAUAUGAUCGCCUGGGAGAAGCAUUUGGACCGUCUUUAUGCCAGCUCUGACAGUUGGUACCGCCAAAUCUCCAAGCCUAUCACAUUCGCUGAUGGCAACCCUGCGUUUUAUCACUAUGGAUUGAUCCGCAGGAUUUAUGACGGUAUUCAAACCCUGGGCCAUGCUGGUGCUCUUCCAGGUUUCCGCUCUGCUCGAAGCCAUGCUAUGGAGGAACGUCUAUCUGUCAUGGUAUUCUUUAACUAUGAACCGGAUAUGGUUGCUGCCGCUGAAGAUGUGAUGAUGGCCCUUUUGAAUAAGUCUAAGCGGGAAUACUCACCUGUUGAGCCAAACCCUGCGUGGUUCGGAAGCUACCUGGACCAGGAAACCCAAUUGUCGGUUACCGUAAGCAAGGGAUCGGCAACUGGGGAGAUUGCGGUUUCUUAUGAUAGUCAUCCCGAAACACUGAACUUGACUGACCCAAGCCACGCUGAAGCUCCUGGACUCUAUGCAAGCAUCGAUGGGGAUACGCUACGCAUGCAUCGCAUUGCGGAGAACAGAAAGCUAGAGGCUCGACGCAUCACUCCACGCGAUUCUAGUUUCCUGGAUACCUUGUUCCAAGGCGAGUACAAAUCUGAGGAGGUUCAAUCUGUCUUUCACUGUACCGGCGAAGCAGGAAUGCUGUAUGGGGCAUUUGACGGCUAUCUUGGAAAUAGCUCGGUUACUGGUAUGGUGUACUUGGGAGAUGAUGUCUGGCGAUUGACCUGUCCAAGAGGACUGGAUUCACCAGCCCCCGGAGACUGGACCAUGGUCUUCCAUCGUGAUGAGAGUGGCGCCAUCAUCGGGUUUAAAAUUGGAUGCUGGCUGGCAAGAGGGAUUGACUUUAUCAAGGUUUAG